GUUCUGAGAAAAGCGCUGGUCUUUCGGGCCAUGGCUUUUCUACCGGUAGGUAAGAUGGUGGCGGUACAGAAAGAUCACGUGAUCCGGGUACCGUUGUCCGGAUGUUCGGCGGUUGGUGGCGGUUGAAGGGAGCGGUGCAGUUGGCUGGCUAGGGCGGAAGCAUCGCGGGAUAUGGAUUGGAAGCAGGCGCUGAAGAGCCGCCUGGCCGCAAACACCGACCUUAAAAAGAGUGAUCAAGAGCUGAAGGAUGAAGAGAUGGAGCUGUUCACAAAAUACUAUCUGGAAUGGAAAGGAGGAAGAAAAAAUGCCAGUACUUCCUAUAUGAACAUACCUCGAUUUUAUUAUAGGGAACCAUUCCCAACUGUCAUGGAGAGAGAACAGCCAUGCAAAUCCAAAUCAUCUGGCCGGGCCCCUCGUGGACCCACCUGGACUGAUGAGGAGACCAGAGUCCUCUUGGGUCACUGGAACACUUUACUGGUCCAGCGCCGAGUUCAAAAUAUGCCUACCAACAGUGAUCUCUAUGCUGUACUUGCCAAGAAGAUGGCUGAGGAAGGAUUCCUACGCACACGCAUCCAAUGUAAUAACCGCAUCCGAGACCUUCGCAAAGCCUACCGAAAGGCAAAGGAUGCUAUGAGCAAGGCAGGAUCCAUGCCUGUUCGCUGCCGUUUCUUUAGGGAACUAGAUGAGAUCUGUGGAGGAGAAACAGAAACUGUACCCUCCUCCAUAAGUCAAACAAUGAAGCUCCAGUCAUCCACUACCAUGGUUCAACCAGGACCAUCCUGGGAACCUGUACCAGAAAUUUCCUGGAAGGUGGAAGAGGAUUCUGAAUCUGAGGCAGCCUUUGAUGAGAUCAGUGAUCCCACACAGCCCCUUCAGGAAGUAUUAAAGAUUAAGGUGGAAUCUGAACUUGAGGAAGCUGCUGCUUUUCAGCUGCCAUUGCAGACUGUUUCCUCCUCAUCCUCCAGCACAGUGGCACUUGCAGCUGCCUUGGAGGAGGAUCAGCAGUCUGCUUUCCAAGAACCUGACAUCUUCAUAGCUUCCAGGCCUGCUGCUGCUCAGGCUGCACAGCCAUCAUCCCCCACCUACCAUUUGGAACAGAGUUUGAAAAUGGGGAUCCAAGACAAAGCUGCCAUAGGAAGGCCACGACAUGACUCAGAGACUGUGCAAAGGCCAGCAGUGGGCAGAAGAGCCCAACUGAGGGCUAGAAGACGCCAGGCAAGGGAGGAAACCAUUAGUUGCCUGCUUGAAGAGUUAAGAGCUGGGAGGGAGGCCAUGGACACAACAUUCCGUCUUUUCCUUGAUCAGCAACGAUCAUUUCAGAACAGCAUCAUCAGGGAGAUGCGACUGGCAAGGCGAGAGCAACGUCGCGCUGCUGAAGCAGAGCUCAGAGCCCGCCAGGAGGAGUGGCGGCAGCAGAGAACUCAGCAUGCCCUGGAUGCUAACAGAACUGAUGCUGAGAUUGUUCGCUUUCGCCAGGAGCUCAGUCUGCUUAGACACACUUUUGCAGAGUUCUUUUCAGCAACAAGACCUUUCCCUCCAGCUUCCCAAGUGAGGAUACCCUCUCCUGCACCUGCCCAGAGGGAGAGUCUUGGCCUUUCUGGAUUACACUGGGAACACUCGACCCCUGCAGUGUCCCAGGAGCAGGCACUUCUUCCAGUCCCACAUGUACUUGGGGCAUCUUCAAGGGGAAGAAGAGGAAGGCCAAGGAGACAUGGUGGUUGUACCCGGAAGCAGUUCCACAAAGAGUAAUCACACUGUGAUUGAGCUGGUGCUUCUGGUGGGCUUCCUGUGGAACUGGUGCUAGACAACUUUCUUUCUACCUCUUUUAUUUUUGUACUUUGUCAACUUCUCUGGUUUUCCAUACUUUAAAAAAUCAGCUCCUGAAUACUUUUAAAAAUAUACUUGAAUACAAUAAGUGUUAUGCGUUAUUGUUCAUUUCAGUGUCCUUAUGGUCAUUUUCACUGUAUGAUUCUCCAAGAAUUCUGUGAUCUGUUUGUUCUUUCCCCCCUAAUAAAUUUUGUUAUAUGUA